CGCCUUUCCCCGUGUCUGGGCUGUGGCAGAUCCGAGCGGCCUCCGCCGCGCCUCGUCCGUGGGAGCCGCCUGACUUCUCCGCGACUUGUUUCUGCUGAUUUCUCUUUUAGGGCCUCAAACGGUGGCCGCCCUGGCGCGGCUUCGUGUGCCCAGGGUGUGCAAAAUGGGUUGGAACCCAUCCUGUCAGAGGUCACUGUAAUCAUGAUUGACAUCAAUGAUUGCAUGAUGCACUGUUCAUCCAGGUGCUAUAUCAGAAAAUGGAUUGGGACCAGUUUGACUUGAACCCUAAAGUAAUUGCUGCCCUUAAGAAAGCUGACAUAAAAUCAAUAAAGGAGAUUUUAAAUCUUUCUGGAGCAGACUUGCAACGAUUGAUGAAACUGUCCAGUGCAGAUAUACAGUGCUUAUUGAAAACGGUCUCUCACAUGCUAAGGAGAAACAGUAUGCUUACAGCACUUCAGCUCUACCAAGAUAAAGAUCAUCACACCUCUCAGCACCAGAAGCUGAGCCUUGGAUGUUCAGUACUAGAUAACUUGUUAAAAGGUGGCAUUCCCUUAGUGGGAAUCACAGAAGUUGCCGGGGAAAGUUCUGCUGGGAAGACUCAGAUUAGCUUACAGCUGUGCCUUUGUGUGCAGUAUCCUUACAAAUAUGGUGGAUUAGAGUCUGGAGCUGUCUACAUUUGUACAGAAGAUGUAUUCCCAAGUAAACGUUUGCAACAACUCAUAGAUCAACAACAUAAGCUGCGAGCAGAUGUUCCAGCUGAAGUCAUACAGAAGAUCAAAUUUGGAAACAGUAUUUUUGUUGAACAUGCAGCAGACCUAAAUGCCUUUCACAACUGCAUUACUAAAAGGAUUUCCCUGCUGCUUACAAGAGGCAUGGUGCGGUUGGUGGUCAUCGAUUCUAUAGCUGCCUUAUUUCGGUGCGAAUUUGGAGCUUCAGAUUCUGUUACGAAGGCUCGGUAUUUGCAGACAUUUGGAGCACAGCUUCACAGUUUAAGCACUAGAUUCAGGACUCCAAUAAUGUGUAUUAAUCAGGUGACUGAUGCAGUGAGUGAGUCAGAAGCUGCUCAGUGCAGUUGUAGUGUAGCGGGUAACAGUGUCUCUCCAGCACUUGGAAUAACCUGGGCAAAUCAACUGCUAAUGCGACUGAUGGUCAGCCGAACACCACAGCCUGAGCAACCCCCUGGAGUAGUGUCACACCACACUGGAAGUGUGAGGACUUUACGAGUAGUUUUUGCUCCUCAUCUCCCUCCCUCCUCUUGCUGCUACACAGUAAAAGUGGAAGGUGUAAAAGGAAUAAAAUAAAUUAUUUGCACUGUAAAGAACUCUGCUCCAAAACCAUUCCAAAACUACUUUGCUUCAGGAGGAAUUACUGGUUAAAUUAAAUUCUUCCUAGAUGAGAGAAAUGGAUGCUGAAGUACAGAAACAGUUAUGUGACUACAUCAGGCGUUGUUAA